AUGCGUCUAUCCAGCAACUUAACCUUUCGGUAUUCCGCUUCAUUUUUGCGACGCUUCUCGGCUUCAACUGCCCCUGCCACCUUAAUUUCAGACGCUGUCAAGUAUGAUCACUACAAGAUCGAAGAUGCGUACCACAGAAUCUUGGACUCCACGACAGCAGAGCACAGAGUGAAGUGGCAGAAUCAGCUAACCUGGGAAGUUGCAUGUCACUCAAUUAGUGAGGAGUUAGUGGUUUAUCCUGCCUUGGAGAAAUAUUUGAUUGUCGGAAAGGAUAUCGUCGACAGAGACCGUGCCCAACACAAAUUAAUCCGAGGCCACCUUUACACAUUUCAAAGUCUCAAUCCUAACGAUCGCCAAUUUCGAGGUGCUGUGGAAGAACUUUGGUCAAGUCUUUGCCAGCAUUUCCAGGCUGAGGAAAAGGACAUUGCUGCACUAGAGGAGAAGAUCCAACCAGUUGAAUCGGAGAGCAUCGCUGUUUCAUUCAACCGGACAAAGAAAUUCACGCCAACCAGGAGCCAUCCGAAUGCCAUAUACAAGCCACCCUUUUCAAACAUUGCAGGACUACUAGCGGCGCCAAUCGAUCGUUUACGAGAUGUUUUUCGGAGCUUUCCAUGA